AUGUCAGCAUUACCAGAACAAUUAAAGAAAUAUUUAACUCAAGUUGAUCAAGCAACUGGUGGUUUACCCCUUUUACACCAUUUUGAAUCCAACACAGGAUUACCAAGAUCUUACUUUGUCAUUGUCUUUGUCGCCCUCUAUUUCGUGGCCGUCUUUUUAAAUGUCGGAGGUGUUGGACAAUUAUUAUCCAAUAUUGCUGGAUUUGUUAUUCCAGGUUAUUAUUCAUUACUAGCACUUCAAACUGCAACAACUAAAGAUGAUACUGAAUUAUUAACUUAUUGGGUUGUAUUUGGAUUCUUAAAUGUUAUUGAAUUUUGGACAAAUGCAAUUUUGUAUUGGAUUCCAUUUUAUUUCUUAUUCAAGACUAUCUUUUUGUUAUAUAUUGGUAUCCCAGGUUUCGGUGGGGCUACUGCUGUUUAUAUUAAUGUUAUCAAACCAUUUUCUGAUCAAUACAUUGGAAAAGGUAGUGAAGCUAAAGAUAUCGCUAAGAAAAUUGAGAAAGCAGCAGAAGGUGUUUCUUCAGGUGUUGAACUUUAA